AUGACUGAAGAGAGCCCAGAAGAGGAUCAUGGAUCUCCUGAAAUAGCUGAAACAAAUCCAGGAAGCCCUUCUUCAAAGACCAACAACAACAAUAACAACAACAACAACAACAACAAAGAACAAGAUCGGUUCCUUCCCAUAGCUAAUGUCGGAAGGAUCAUGAAAAAGGUUCUUCCAGGUAAUGGUAAGAUCUCAAAAGACGCUAAAGAAACCGUUCAAGAAUGCGUCUCGGAGUUCAUAAGUUUUGUCACUGGUGAAGCUUCUGAUAAGUGUCAAAGAGAGAAGAGGAAGACCAUCAAUGGAGAUGACAUCAUUUGGGCCAUUACAACUCUUGGUUUCGAAGACUACGUUGCUCCAUUAAAGGUUUACCUAUGCAAAUAUAGAGACACCGAAGGAGAAAAAGUUAACAGCCCAAAACAACAACAACAACAACAACAAAGACAACAGCAACAACAACAGAUUCAACAACAGAAUCAUCAUAAUUAUAACCAGUUCCAAGAACAAGACCAAAACAACAAUAACAUGUCAUGUACUAGUUACAUCUCUCAUCAUCAUCAUUCUCCAUUCUUACCGGCUGAUCAUCAACCAUUUCCAAAUAUUGCUUUCUCUCCUAAACCAUUACAGAAACAGUUCCCUCAGCAGCAUGAUAAUAUUGAUUCCAUUCAUUGGUGA